GAAAAAUUUGACAGGCAGGCUGAAGCAGGCUGAGGCAGGCAGGCAGCGCAGGCAGCCAGCCAGCAGACAUUAACUCGGUGUUUGUUGUGAACAUUUAAACAAUUGAACUUACCGAUAGUGCACACACGAUGAUACGUAUACAGUGCGAAAUGGAUUUUAUUCUCGUUUUGUUAUGAUUUCUGUUGAGGGCAGAAAAAAUUGUCAGUCGUCGACGCGCGAACAGGACUUGAUGCGGUUGGGUGCAGUAUGGUUUGACUCGCGUGAACGACUCGUCAGAAAGGUUUCUCCGUCGACGGAUACUAAAAAACGCGUGGAAGUCGAAGGUGUCAGACGGUGGUGUCGUCAGUGGUUUGCCUGUAGUAUGCCCAGGGUUCACAAUAGAGGGGUAUUAUGGCUACAGGUGAGCAGCACAGCGGCACGACAAAGUCUCGUCAGGAAAAACAAUACGAUUAUCUUCUGAAAUUUCUGCUGGUGGGUGACAGCGAUGUUGGGAAACAAGAAAUCUUGAGUGGUUUGGAAGAUGGUGCCGCGGAAUCUCCGUUCUGCAGCGGCAGUGCGUACAAGACCACCACUAUUUUAUUGGAUGGAAAAAGAGUGAAGUUACAAUUAUGGGACACAUCGGGCCAAGGUAGAUUUUGUACAAUAAUCAGAUCGUAUUCUCGUGGGGCUCAAGGUAUAUUUUUGGUCUACGAUAUUACCAAUAAAUGGUCGUUCGACGGCAUAGACAGAUGGCUGAAGGAAGUCGAAGAGCACGCCCCCGGUGUACCGAAAGUACUCGUCGGCAAUCGGCUCCAUUUAGCGUUUAAGAGACAAGUCGGGGAACGCGAUGCCGAAACGUACGCAGCUAAGAAUCAUAUGGCAUUCUUCGAGGUUUCGCCGCUCUGUGAUUUCAACAUCCGCGAGAGCUUUUCCGAACUUUCGCGGAUGGCUUUACACCGUAACGGUAUGGAAAGAUUGUGGCGAUCCAACAAAGUUCUCAGCCUCCAAGAACUCGCGUGUCGCGCGAUAGUCGCGAGAACAACGGUUUAUGGUAUCGAUCAACUUCCAUUGCCCAAGUCGAUUAAAUCUCACCUGAAAUCUUACGCGAUGACGACUACUUCUCAAUUAAGGUACAAUGGGAACAGAUCGUUGAGCUCUAGCAAGAGUCUGAGCUCUCAUCAUCGAAAAUUACGUUUCGUCGGUGUCGGUCAUAAUGGUUUAGCAACUCUGGCUAGUUCGCCCGGCAGUAUAACAGACACUCGUACCAGUUGCGUCGGUCGCAAUUCUUGCACGAUAUCUUGAGAGUAAUUUUAUACGUUUACAUCUCUGUAAAUACAUCUCUGUAAUUCUUCCUUCCCUGUUCGACACGUGCCAUUAGAAACGAUAGAGGAAUCGGAUAAAGGAACCGUUCGGAAUCAACAUGAAAAAUCAACUCGGACUAGUGAAAAUAUUAUUAUAUAUGAGCAAACGGAGUACACAUACCUGCACGUUCAAUUGGUUUUUUACGGUAUACGAAUAUUUUCCGAGGUUUCUACGCGAAUAAAAACGAUGAUGACGAGCUUAAGAAAAACUGAUUUCGUGUGCGUAUCGACCGAAGCGAUGUUCGAAUUACACUUGUAACAUCGCCAAAGGUUCGGGAAUUGCCUUGCGUGAUCAGAGAGCGGCCGGGCGGGAGGGAGGUAAUUCAGUUUAUUGGAAAAGCAGUUGUACAUUGAUCGAUGGAGUCGGUCAGCGGCCGAGUCGAAAUACACGAUUACAUUUUCAUAUGAUGUUUCAUGCACAACAUCUCUUUAUUUUUAAACGAAUCGGUAUAAGUAUCGGAGCAGGAAAUGAAUAAAAAAGUACAAGUUCACCGAGUCUACGAAGGUUGUGGUGUAGACUAGGAAUAAUAGUAUAGGCUGAUUAGUAUAGAGCAGCUGUUGAUCGGAUGAUAGAACGCGAGGGAUGAUGUAAUGAUGAUUGUCCGAGGUUCAGUCUGAACAAUCUUUAUUUUAACGUUCGUUAAUUGUGUACCUACGCGAGGAUCGUCGUUCCAAGCGUCGUGUGGUGUCGUGUCACCUCUUUAUGUUACAUUUUACGCUCCGUUCGAACCAAUUAAAAAACAAGUGUGUCAACUAUAUUUAAUUCCUCUUCGUCUGUCGUCGUUGAAAAACUACUUUAUUUAUUAAGGUGAAACAACAAAUUGAAUCACGCCCUCGUAUAUCUCGCGAUAACGGGAGCGUCUCGCUCUAAUUAUUUAAUUUCUUCUCACUUUAUUAUAUAUAACUAAUAUAUAAUUGUACGAGAGUAUGCUCGUUCAGCCGCGUGUACAGUAUAAUUUAUCUAUAAUACGGAUAUUACGUUGCGCAUUGUGUAAAUACGAAACGACUUGUUCAUACUCCGAUGUAUUUUGAUAAAUUUCAUUAGAAAAGAUUGAUGUACGAGAUACGAUGUCUCACACCGUAAUAUCGGCGAUCAUACGACAUAACGUAACAUUUGUAUUUCUCUCAUUAUCUUGGUUGCGUUCUUUAUUUUAAAACGAAUAUUCGUCAAUGAGUCAUGUGGGAGAGGACGUACCGUAUAUAUAUAUAUAUAUAUAUAUCUUACCGCUGGUCACGGCGCAUGAAAUUUAUCGAAAACUGUAAUAACAAUUUGUAUGGUAAUUUUUUAAAAGUUUACACGACAUCGAGAAAACGAGCACGAGCUGUAUUUGUACUGUGUAAAAUAGUAAAAUUUCAAUUAAAUUGAACGAUCUAUAUGAAAGCGGUCGUCAUUAUUAUUAUUAUUAUUAUUAUUAUGAUUAUUAAGUAUUAAUGUUAAUGAGCGUGCGGGCCGGGGUAUGUAACAACGGGAUAUAGUCGAUUGAAUUUUUAUCUAUAGCGAUUUACGAAAAUGGAAAGCAAUCCUAAAUUUGAUCUAUUUUCGAAUCGGAUUGAUGUAUCGUAUCUUGUCAUCUGAUUCCCGAACGUGCGUACUACAUGCAUACUAUUAUGAUAAAUACGAAAAGGAUAUAUUUUAUAAAAUUGCAAUGUAUAGCAGUGAACGUAAACAUACUAACGAACUCUGUCUCGAUAUCUGAAUGUAAGAUUUGAACAGCGUACAGCAUAUAAAUACAUACUACGCGAUGUCUUAAUUCAUAUACUUAUUGCAAAAUAAAAAGUUUAAUAUUUGUACAUA